AUGUUGUCUCAAGUUCAUAUGACAGUAUGUAAUAGAUUUACUUAUCUACUAACUGUGCUGUUGAAGAUUAUUCUUAUCUUUGGAUUUUUAUACCUAUUUAUAUGUGCAUUAGGGUUCCUUAGUAAUGCCUUUAAGUUAGUCGGAGGUAAAGCUGCUGGAAAAGUUUUUAGAGAAAACGACUUACUAACUAAUCCUGUUGCUGGACUAAUGAUUGGUGUUUUGGUGACAGUUCUUUUACAAAGUUCCUCAACUACGACGUCCAUAAUAAUAACGAUGGUAGGAUCUGAAAUUAUUCCAAUAAAAACCGCCAUACCAAUGGUAAUGGGAGCAAAUAUCGGAACUUCAGUGACAAAUACUCUGGUUUCAUUGGCACAAUCUAGCGACAGAGAGGUGUUUCGAAAGGCUUUCGGCGGCGCAACAGUGCACGAUAUGUUUAAUUGGUUGACUGUUAUUGUAUUGCUUCCGAUUGAAUCGACUGUUCACUACCUAUACCAUUUAACAGGAGUAAUCGUGCGCAGUUUAGAGCUUUCAAAAUCUGGAAAGAAGAAAGAUUUGCUGAAAGUUAUUACAAAACCAUUUACUGGUCUUAUUGUAAAGGUGGACAAACACGUGAUUACAAAUAUAGCAUUGAAUAAAGAGGGUGCCGAAGAGGGUUCAGUAUUAAAAAGAUGGUGCAAGACUGUACAUAUUCCGUACAACAGCACUGUGAGUCAUCACGAAGAAUAUAAUUCUACCUUAAUUGAAAAGUUAGAAACAGAGGGAACCAGAUACACUUUAGGAAUAAUGUCCGAUAGUAACACGUCUUUCAUUAAAUGGGAAACCAACGAGACACUGGUAAAGAAAAUAAAUAUGGAAAGAUGUCAUAACUUGUUUGCUCAGACGGAUCUGUCGGAUUCAACCAUUGGUGCAUUGCUUCUUGUAAUAUCGCUCUUUGUUAUUGCUGUGGCGUUGAUCUUCAUGGUCAAACUCCUUAAUUCACUGCUGAAAGGAUCUGUAGCCAAAGUUGUAAAAAGGUUCAUCAAUUCUGAUUUUCCGGGAUUGUUCAAAUAUCUUACAGGAUAUGUUGCAAUCCUUAUAGGAACAGGGACAACGAUGAUUAUCCAGAGUAGCUCCGUGUUUACAUCUAUACUUACCCCGUUAGUUGGUGUUGGAGUUGUUUCCCUUGAUCGUAUGCUUCCUCUGACUCUUGGUGCUAAUAUCGGAACUUGCCUGACAGGCAUACUAGCUGCAUUAGCCAAUCCGGCAAAAGCGAUACCAAAUGCCCUACAGGUUGCUCUCUGUCAUUUAUUUUUCAACAUUUCUGGAGUUCUUUUGUUCUACCCGAUUCCAAUUACCAGAAAGGCACCCAUAAACCUAGCAAAAGGACUUGGCAAUAUAACAGCAAAGUAUCGAUGGUUUUCUAUUUUAUAUUUGAUACUCGUUUUCAUCGCCCUUCCAGGAUUAGUUUUUGUGUUAUCAUUAGCAGGAACGGUACCUUUUGCUGUUGUCGGUUCAAUUAUAUUAUUAAUCUUAGUGUGUCUGAUUGUUAUAAAUAUUGCACAAAAAUAUUGCCUCGGCAGGCUACCAAGUUGGUUGAGGAAUUGGAACUUUUUGCCAUUGUGUUGUCGGUCCUUGAAACCAAUUGACAAACUAAUUUCCAGUGUCUUGGGAAUAUUCGUAUGCUGCAGAAACCAAGAAAAAGAAACAGACAUGUCGGGAAAAGGUUGCGAUAACAAAGCAUUCACAAUUUUGUAGAUUGAACACGUACAUUUAUGAAAAAGUUUACAAUAUCACAGCAUUUUCAGUCUUGUAUGUUGUAUACGUUCAUUUAUAAAAUAUGAACAAAUAUUAUUUUGAAAAAUGAACCUUUUAAUACUAUUUUUCUUGUAAAUACUCAGGAAAUAUUUACCGAUAUAAUGGCUAUUUA